GGCGAAGCGGACUUAGACAGCAGUGGUAUCCCUCUCCUAAGUUAAGCAGUGUCAAACUGAACUGAAGUUGGGAACGAUUGGAAAUCCGCGUCAAACAAGUGUCUGUUCAGUUCCAACGAACCCUAUCUUAAAUUAAUCGUUCUAAAUAACCUGUGCUUUCGCAGAGCUGACUGAUCUCUGUGAGAUUGCAAAAACAUUCUCUAUAAAACAUUCUUGCCUACUGUUUACCGCAAAAAUGAUGAUGCACUCGUCUCAGAAGGACACAACCUACACAAAGAUAUUUGUAGGAGGUCUUCCAUAUCACACCACGGACUCCAGUCUCAGGAAAUACUUCGAAGUGUUCGGUGAUAUCGACGAGGCUGUUGUUAUAACGGACAGACAGACGGGCAAAUCCAGGGGUUAUGGAUUCGUGACGAUGGCAGACCGGGCGUCUGCGGACCGAGCCUGCAAGGACCCAAACCCCAUCAUCGACGGCCGGAAAGCCAAUGUGAACCUGGCCUACCUGGGGGCCAAGCCCAGGGUCAUGCAGCCAGGUGAGGGGAUGGACGCGCUGGCGGAGGGCUGCGCCACACGUUUAUUUCACAGCUUGGACGACCAAGGUUUCUCAUUUGGUGUUCCUCAAAUCCAUCCAGCAUUCAUCCAGAGGCCUUAUGGGAUCCCAGCCCACUAUGUCUACCCCCAGGCCUUUAUGCAGCCAAGCACCAUGGUCAUCCCUCACAGCAUGCAGUCGCCCGCCGCCACGGCCUCCGCCGCCUCCUCCCCGUACCUCGACUACACCGGAGCGGCCUACGCCCAGUACUCGGCCGCAGCCGCCAGCGCUGCGGCCGCCGCUGCCUACGAGCAUUACCCGUACGCAGCCUCCCCGGCCCCUGCGGGCUACAUGGCUGCAGCAGGGUAUGGGUAUGCGGUCCAGCAGCCUCUAGCAGCCGCAGCCACCCCGGGAGCAGCCGCAGCAGCUGCAGCCUUCGCCCAGUACCAGCCUCAGCAACUUCAGGCAGACCGCAUGCAGUAACUGACCACAACUACUACUAUUACUGAGCCUGGAUAACAGAAGAGGAGGAGGCUAUAGAGAGGAGGGAGGAGGUCAUACUCACCCCCAGGACACUACAAGGGGAGAGGUGGGGGGAGAGUGUGAGGAGGGGGGAGGGAUGAAGAGUUGAGUGGUGGUCGUCAAUCCUUGGCUUUACAACAUGCAGCGCUGCUACCAAAAGAGCCUGAAGAGAAUCAUCUCAUAACUGAAUAGAAUCGUCUCAUAACUGAAGAGAAUCGUCUCAUAACUGAAUAGAAUCGUCUCAUAACUGAAGAGAAUCAUCUCAUAACUGAAGAGAAUCGUCUCAUAACUGAAUAGAAUCGUCUCAUAACUGAAUAGAAUCGUCUCAUAACUGAAUAGAAUCAUCUCAUAACUGAAGAGAGUCGUCUCAUAACUGAAUAGAGUCGUCUCAUAACUGAAUAGAAUCGUCUCAUAACUGAAUAGAAUCGUCUCAUAACUGAAUAGAAUCAUCUCAUAACUGAAGAAAAUCAUCUCAUAACUGAAGAGAGUCGUCUCAUAACUGAAGAGAAUCAUCUCAUAACUGAAGAGAAUCAUCUCAUAACUGAAUAGAAUCAUCCCAUAACUGAAUAGAAUCGUCUCAUAACUGAAUAGAAUAGUUACUUCAUUAUUCAAAUAUCAUCAGUGUUGUCAUCACUAAAUUAUUGUUUUUUGUUGUUGUCAUUAUAUCAGAAAUAUUUAAUAUUUAUUCAUCAGGACAAAUAUCUAGAAUUAUUAUUUAAGAUAUGACCUCAUAACCAACCUUUAAGUUUAAGUUAAUAAUUUUAAGCAUAUUUAAUGUGUAGUAAAUUAAAUGUGUGAUUUUGUACAACUUUCACAAGUGCACUGAAGUCUAAUCAGGUAUUUUUCCCUCAAAUUUCUUAAACAAUGUAGAUGGUCAAACCAAAAACACACUUUUGGUCACUUUUCACCUUUUAAUACUUUUAAACCUACAUUUUGAACUAUGCAAUUUGAUAUAUAUACAGUUGAAGUCAGAAGUUUACAUAUACUUAGGUUGGAGUCAUUAAAACUUGUUUUUCAACCACUCCACAAAUUUCUUGUUAACAAACUAUA